CAGUAUCGGUCAUUACGGCAAUGGUAUAACCAGUGACUACUGUGGCUAUCAGUUUGCCAUCAGUCAGACAACAGCCAAACCGCAACGAAAAUGUUUCAAACAUGCGGUMAAUAAUACAAAGAUAAUCGACUCUAUCGGUGCCUACUAUCUAAUUGAUGACAACCAUAUGAAUCGACUAUAUGGUGGCUCUAAUGCCAAGUAUGGUGAGUCCCCGUGGAGUGUCAUCAUUCACUACGAUAUGCCGUACAAUAAAAGAGGCAAAUUUGUUUCGUCCGCUUAUUGGGAAUGUGGAGGAACUAUAAUACAUAAACAAUGGGUGCUGACAGCCGCCAGUUGUAAUUUUUGGCCCGGGGAUAAAGAUAAUCCAUCGGCCAGUAAUUAUUAUCGAAUUCGUGUCCAAUUUAUGGAUGUUAUGCGCCGGACGGCCAUCAAAACAAUGACUGUUCCCACCAAAAAUGUUUACCGUCAUCCCGAUUAUGUUUACCAAUCGGACACUCAUAGCCGGUAUGAUAUUGCACUGUAUAAACUGCCAUGGGAACUGGAUAUAGAUAUAUGGGACGGUGUGACAGUACCGCUUGUCAACACACCGGUUUGUUUGCCUAACAAUGCGAGUGUUUACUAUAAUCGGGAAUUGACAACAAUGUUUGGUUGGGGUGUCUAUAAUACUUAUAUAUAUAGAUAUAAUUUUAUUAGUCUAUUUGAAUGGGAAAUACAACCGGAUAUUAUGCAAAAGGUUGACUUCGUGUUGAGUCCACAUAAUGAAUGUCCCGAAGGAUUGUUGUGUUCAAAGCCAUCGGAGUCGAUGUUUGUCAAACCGACCGGUUGUGAUGAUGAUAAAGGUUCGGCUUUAGUCCAGUAUACUGAUGCCUACCGGAGCCGUGCAAUACUGGUUGGUGUGUAUAUCGGCCGGACUUUAAUUAAAGGUACAAAAGGUUGUAAAGAUAAUACCAAAUCAAUGUUAUAUUAA